AACACCUUGACUAGGGCAACAUCUAAAUGCAAGAAGAAUCGAGGAGCUUAAAUGUAUCUGACCUCGUAGCUCGCGAGGGGUUAAACAGCGGUGUAUCUGAUCGCUGAAUAUGAGUGUGGGAUAUCAAUGCAAGGGUCACUUCACGAAUCUACAAGAAAAAGUAUGGCUUGACUUCAUCACAUCCGCAGCUGGAGCAAGCGCCUACUUCGCGGGGGGCGGGAGAAUAUCUUCUGCUUGGAAGACAGGUUCUCUGUUCCGGAAGUCUCGUAAUGCAUGUUGCAUGUCUCUAGAUUUUAAAUUUGCUUUUUUUUUUUUUUUUUUUUUUAUUGUUUUGAACGAGAUGUGUAUGACCUGGGGUCGCAUUAGGGUAAAACGGACAAUAGACCAAGCACUUGUUGGACUCCUUGAUAAGUCGGUGUAGUAUACGGAGUAGCAUAAACCCGUAUCACUUCUGCCGCGUCAGACUUGGAACGGGACCAAUGGACAUGUGUCUUCAUGUUUGACUGUACCUCAUAUGCAUGCAUCUUGCGUGGUGGAGACUGCUAUUGAUUCCUUGCAUAUGCUGAAUCAUUUCUCCCACUCUGUCAUGCCGAAAGCUACCAGUUGCUCCGGUCAGAG